AUGGAGGAGGAGGAGGACGGCCAAGACCAGCCUCUUAGGCUGAGAUCCAUGACGGAGGAGGAGGAGGGCCGCCAAGAGGCUCCUCGCAGGCAUGAUGAUGCCGAGGAGGAACAUGUGGUGGGUUAUGAGCAGGAGGCGGGCGCGGAUGGCGGCGAUCUGCACGGCGUGCGCAGGGCAGGGAGAAGCCGAUUGGUACCGGCAGCAGCAACAACAACAACAUCUGCAGCCUGCAUCCCGUGUGGGCAUGUGUAUGGCAGAUCCUGCCUGGAGCUAUGGCUGGCCCGAUCCCAAUCCAGAUCCACAACCAGAUCAUCAGGCACGCCUGCUGCUGCUAAGUGCCUGUGGUGCGGACAAGAGUUCAGGCGCGACGACAUGAUCAACCUGUACGGGGCAACGGAGAAUCUGUUGGAACAACAGCAGUAUUUAUUUAUAAUUUUUCUAACUUGUGCGUGUUUUCUUGCCGGAAAUGUUGUGCACAAUGAUAAAAUGUUUGAGGAGAUGACCAAGAAGCAGAAUGAUACGGAGCAGGGAAUAAUAGAUGGUGUUAGCUCAAAGAGACAGAAAGUGGCUGAGCACUCAUAUGAAGUCGCAAAUCUGGAGCCAUCUACCCCAGCAACAAUAAAUUUUAGCUUACAGAAUGAAUUACCUGUGGAUGGAGCUCGAGUCAUCACCAUAGACGCAUCUAACAAAAUAAUACUUGUUUCUGGAAGGGCGACUGCUAUAGGUGCUGAAUAUGUUCUUACCAAGAUAAACAUGCUGUCCAACCAUGAAGUACGCAAAAUCCAUCUUCCUCCCGAUACCAAAGCUGUUAGGGAUAUGUGUAUCCUGCCAGGUGGCUCUGCUAUUUUUACGUCACUAGGAAAGAAGCUAUCACUUCUCAGCAUGACAACUGACAACGUUGCUCUUAAUUGGGAUUUGCCGGCUCCUGGUUGGUCAUGUGGAGUAGGUCCACCUGGUUCACAUCAUAUUUAUGCUGGAUUGCAGAACGGCAUGGUUUUGGUAUUUGAUAUCCGUCAAACUGCAAGACCCUUGCAUUCUAUGGUGGGGCUAUCUACGAAUCCGGUUCAUGCCCUCCACUCUGUCAUUGAUAACAAUGGUUCCAGGAAGGUUCUUUCAGCCUCUGCUGUAGGUCCUUGCAUGUGGGACGCCGAUAACAAUCAAAGCAGGCCAUAUUUGCUUACUGGGAUGGGAGAUCAGCGUGUAUGCAUUUCUCUUGCAUGUGCGGCUCCAUCAAGUGACCCCUUGGUGGCUUCCUUCCGGCCCAAAAUUAAUCCAUCAGGAGACGUGGCUUCCGCGUCCCAAGUUUAUCUAUCACAAACGCCUACACGGUCUGGCUCGGGGAAAUUAGGGCACCACACCCUUAUCAGGAGGACGGGUAACAUGUGCUUCACUGAAGGCCCGACAUGGCAUGCCAGCGUGAGCGAGUUACGCAUGUCGAAAUCGGCAAUCAUACCUUAUGGAGACAACCAGCAUCUCUUCGCCUAUGGUGACGAGUCACUGCGUGGGGUCCGGACCUGGCAACUGCCUUCGUUUGGGAUGCAUGCCGAUCUCUGCACUCACCGGGAGCCGAUCCUUGAUUUAAGGUAUGCUGAAACUGAAAGUCCAGGUGGAGGGAGGUACCUUGGUUGCUUAAGUGAGGAGAAGCUGCAGCUGCCUGCUGGCUGUUUGUCACUGACUGACGCCUCUAAUUCUGUGGUGGAUGUGCAUGAUGAGCGGCAGCUUGAGGACAGGGAGCACGGUGGCCUUCUGAUUGUCCGGAGGCAGACGGUGACGCCUCUAAUUCUCUGGAAAGAUAGAUCUGUUACAUGA